AUGAAAAAGCUCAUGAAUUCUUACUGUGAUCGAUACUCUCUUCACUUCAACUCAACCGUUUUUCUCUUUGAUUCUCGUCUCAUAUCACCAAACCUCUCUCCCUUUCAGCUAAACUUAAAAGAUGGGGAUGAAAUAGAUGCUGCCUUCCAAGAAGAUUGUAUCGAAAUUAAGGUCAAAGGCCAGUAUGGAUUUGAAGCUUCUUAUGUGAUCCGAAGAACCGAUCCAUUGAGAAAUAUUAUGGAUAAAUAUUGUUUGCAUUAUCGUCUUAGUUUUGAUGCAGUUGGUUUUUUGUUUGAUGGGCGUCUCACCAAACCUGAGGAGACUCCAUAUGAGCUCGGAAUUCAGGAUGGCGAUGAAAUUCUUGUCAUGCUUCACAUGAGUGCUUGCGGUGGUGAGAUCAAUCAAGUUUAUUUCAGGAUGAAAAGAAACACUUCAAUGAAAAAGCUCAUGAAUUCUUACUGUGAUCGAUACUCUCUUCACUUCAACUCAACCGUUUUUCUCUUUGAUUCUCGUCUCAUAUCACCAAACCUCUCUCCCUUUCAGCUAAACUUAAAAGAUGGGGAUGAAAUAGAUGCUGCCUUCAAAGAAGAUUGUAUCGAAAUUAAGGUCAAAGGCCAGUAUGGAUUUGAAGUUUCUUAUGUGAUCCGAAGAACCGAUCCAUUGAAAAAUAUUAUGGAUAAAUAUUGUUUGCAUUAUCGUCUUAAUUUUGAUGCAGUUGGUUUUUUGUUUGAUGGGCGUCUCACCAAACCUGAGGAGACUCCAUAUGAGCUCGGAAUUCAGGAUGGCGAUGAAAUUCUUGUCAUGCUUCACAUGAGUGCUUGCGGUGUUUUAUCGUUUAGGAUGAAAUUUGAUUGA